UUCCCGCCACGGUGUAUUGUGUGGUGCUGGGCUGUAGAACGUGCUAAUUGUACUACAUUUCAAAGGCACAUUAGUUUUAACUUUUGUCGUUUUGUAAAUCCAAUAGCGAUGCCUACUGUUAAUGAUUGGAUCAAUAACCCACUGGGUGUUGUUGAUGGCAUGUUUGCCCAAAGUAACUCAAGUCCAGACUGGGAGAAGAAAGUGGUGGAGCACUUCAAAGAGAAACUGAAACAAAACGACGCUCACACAUGGGUUCCUUCCCUGAAUGAUGUUCCCAUGCACUAUCUCAAGCCUAAUAGCCUUGUGAAAUUCCGUUGCAUGGUCCAGGAUAUGUUCGAUCCAGAAUUUUUCAUGGGCAUUUAUGAGAUGAAUGAUCCCACAACAAACUCCAAACUGUUGAAAUGUGGAAAGUACAAAGAUGUAACAGAGUGUGGGCAGGUGGACUUUAACUCAAGUAACACUGUGACAUCAGAGAGACAGACCUUCUAUUGCAUCCCCAUCCCAGGAGAAUCUCAAUGGGUGAAGGAAAGCUAUGCAGGCUCCAGUCAGGCACGAGUGGAGCCCUCCACUUCUUAUGCCCCGUAUCGGCAUAAGCGCAGCUACGAGGAGGAUGAUGAGAUGGACACGCAGCCGCAACAGAUGAAAGAUCCCAACCAAGGAGCUCAGAGUUCUGCAGAUUCUCAUGGCAACAUGGAGUCGAAGCGUCAAGAGACAGAAGCCCCCAAUCAUAACUCAUCACCUUCACACUGCACCUCCAGUCUGGAUCUCAACUUCCCUUUGCCUGGGGAGAAGGGCCCAGCCUGCCUUGUUAAGGUAUAUGAGGACUGGGACAGUUUCAAACUGAAUGACAUGUUAGAAGUAUUUGGCAUUCUCUCUGUGGACCCUGCACUGAGCGUGAUUGCAGAUGAGAGAGAGACAUCUUCACUGUUGGAUCCCACAGAAGGCAUGGAGACUGUAGAGGAGCAAAGAGUCCACAGCCCACCAGCGUCGCUCGUACCACGACUGCACAUGCUAUAUGCCCAGCCCCUUGUGCACAACAACCCAUUACUGCCCUCUGGUGCCUCAGAGGAGAACGGAGACUAUUUAACCAGUGUUCUUGGGGAAUUGGUAGCAGUCAGAGCAGAGCUGCUCACGUACUUCACACAUGUCCUGCUGGGAGAUUCACUUGCUGCAGAGUACCUCAUUCUCCAUCUUAUCUCCAAUGUAUAUAGCAGACGUGAUGUUCUUCCUUUGGGCAAAUUUACCCUCAAUCUCAGUGGCUGUCCUCGUAGCACUCCAUACACAGAGCAUCUCUACAAGGUCAUCCAACAGCUUGUGCCAUCUUCAUACCGCUUAUGUAUGAGCUUGCAUAAUAUGAAUAACCAGCGCAUGGUGCCCCAGAAAGACUACACGGCUAACCGCCUGGUGAGUGGGACUCUUCAGCUGGCCAAUAACACAUCCCUGUUUCUGGAUGAGACGCAGCUGGAACAGGGCCAACUGGACACCACAGGUGUGCGGAACAUCACUGCUCUGGGGAACCUGAUCUCCUGGCAGAAGGUUGAUUACGAUUUCAACUACCACCAGAUGGAAUUCCCCUGCAAUAUUAACGUGCUUAUUGCAUCCGAGGGCCGUUCUCUCCUCCCGUCUGACUGUCAGGUCCACCUUCGACCCAUGCUGAAUCCACCUAACCUUGUGGAGUACCUGAGUGCAGUGCAGGUAGCACAGAUUCCAUCUCAUCUAAACAAAUACCGCAUCUACCUGAGCGUAGCACGUGCCCUAAACUACACCAUCUCUGAUGAGAUCACAAAGGCAGUGGAAGAGGACUUUGUAGACAUGCGUAAAGAUGACCCACAGAGUAUGUCUGCAGAAGACCUUCAUAGAUUGCUGGUUGUUGCAAGAUUGCUGUCAUUAAGUCAUGGACAGAACACACUUUCAAGAGAUGGCUGGAUGAAAGCCAAGCAGCUGGAGGCCUUGAGAAUAAGUAGAACACAACAGCAGAAAUGUUUGAAUGGAAAUGAGCCUUAAAAUAUUUUACUUAUUGCAAAUACUUAAAGGAUUAUCAUACUUGUUAAUAUGUUGGGUUAAAAUAUAAAAUGUUUUCAUAUGGUGUAUGAUUAUUGUACAGCUCAAGGUUUUUUUUUGUUUUUUUUUUUACUUUAAACGUUUGGGUAAAAACUUACACUGGUUAAGUAGGGAAUUGUUUUUUAUACAAUGCUUCAAAUGUUUUUAAAUUUGUUAACAUAAGCAAAUGCAGAUGUAUGACAAAGUAUAACUGCCUUACUGCAAAUAAUUACACACUUGGCACUUCUGGGUAUUAAAGAAAAAUAAAGUUUUGAUAACCUAGUGUAAUUCUAUAUAUAUUGUCAAUGUAACAAUAAGAAUUUGGGAUUCUUGUCAUUUUCCCAAAUGCAUAAACCGUGCGAUUGCAUGAUUUCCUUGUUAAACAUGGCAAAGGCUGUAUUACGAAGACAGUGCCCAAGCUGACAUGUUAAUGUGGUGUUUUGAAAUGUAACACCAGAGCAUUCUUCUCUGUUUAGUGUUGCAUUUCAUAGUCUGACUAUGGGAGCCACAAAACAGUCACACCACAUCUGAAUGCAAAAUAUCUAUUACAAUUUAUCUCAAUGCUAUUAAAGGAAUAGUUCACCCAAAAAUGAAAAUUCUUUCAUCAUUUACUCACCCUCAUGCUGUACCAAAUGGAAAUAUUAGCUAAUAUUAUGGAAUUAUGUUAGAUACAUACUAUAUGCUGCUUACACACUGUCACUGAUGACAAAAUUAAAAAUAUUUUAAAUUAAAAUUUCUCUUUUAAAAUAGUAUUGUCUUUUAUUACAUCUAAAUAUUCCUUUCAAAAAUACAUAUUUAAUGGAAGUGCAUGCUUAUCCAGUUAAAUAAUAAUUUACUGGUAUAAUCAAAUUAGACAUGACAUUUGACAUUAGGAAUAUAUUCCCCCAUAUUAUUGUACAUAAUAUUUAGCGUUAUAUAUAGUAGAUAUGUGGCUGCUAGUGUGCAAUCGUAUUUUAGAGCACCUUGUGCCAAUAAAGCGAUUUCCAUUUGUAUGCUCGUGUUACGUAGGUGUAGGACGUUGUGUGUAUUGGAUAGAACAGAUGCUAAAAUAAUAAAACAAAUUUAAAAACAUCCCAUCUCCACACAUUACAUUUUUGAACCACGAUGCAUCGUGCCACGAUAAACCGUUACACCCCUAAUAUAAAAACAAAAUGCUUUUGUAAUUGUCUACAUUUAUUUCUACACUUGCAUUCAUAUUUAAAUUACAUCUAUGAAUUAUUAUAAUAACUAUAAAACCAGCAAUGAUCAUGAUGAUAAAAAUAAUGGAAUCUGAGUAAAUAUUAUGCAUUUUAUUGGGGCCUGGGUAGCUCAGCGAGUAUUGACACUGACUACCGCCCCUGGAGUUGCGAGUUCGAAUCCAGGGUGUGCUGACUCCAGUCAGGUCUCCUAAGCAACCAAAUUGGCCCGAUUGCUAGGGAGGGAGAGUCACAUGGGUCAACCUCCUCAUGGUCGCAAUUAGUGGUUCUUGCUCUCAAUGGGGCGUGGAGGGUAGGAUGAGCCUCCACAUGCUGUGAGUCUCUGCAGUGUCAUGCACAGCAAGCCAUGUGAUAAGAUGCGCAGAUUGACGGUCUCAGAAGCAGAGGCAACUGAGACUUGUCCUCCGCUACCUGGACUGAGGUGAGUAACCACAUCACCAUGAGGACCUACUAAGUAGUGGAAAUUGGGCAUUACAAAUUGGGAGAAUUUUUUUUAAUUUUUUUUUUUUUAUACAUUUUAUUGAAUUCAUCCAUCUGCUCAACAGCAAGGUUUGGUAGCAAACCUCAAAAAACAAUUCACAAAACCAACAACAUUACUAACGUUCUUUAAAGCCUAUUUUUAUUUAUUUUAUUUUUUAUCUUCUCUAUUUUUCAAGGGGCUGGGUGCUCUGACAUGGCAAUUGAGUGCCUUCUCCCAUGCAAUGAACAUUGUGUGACUGUGGCAAAGUUUUUGCAAAAUCUAAUUAUGUAAUUCAUUACACAUUUAAUGGAAGUUAAAUGUCCAUUGUGUGCUGCUAAAAGCAAGUGAAAUGUCUUAAACCUAAACCUCACCGAUAGUGUCAUAAAAAGCAAAUGUGAGAUGAAAAACAAUUUAUGAAGCAACCAUGUCAUUUUGUGGUGCUUCUAUAACACUUUCGGCUCUUGUGUCGACUCGCAUGCUCUUCAGGACUCGUACCCUGGUCCUUUGCAUCACAUAUGCAACACUAUUAGUUGAGCUACUGCAAAAUUUGAUCACAUUCAAACAAGCUGGUAAAUGUACUGUAGUUGGUUGUGUAAUGCAAAUGUUAAAAUGUGUCAUGAGCUAUAGUAAAAGUGUUUAGAUGUCAUAAGAUAGCAUUGUGUGGGAACAGAGCGAAAAGUGUUUAUGAGCUGAUAAUCUGCUGUUUUAGUUGUGAUUUGAGUGAAAGGGGAUAAAAGUCAUUGUUGUUUUAGCGUCUCUAGUGUUCAUUCCACCAGGAAAUUGCCAUGUUACAUACAACAUUUUGUAAUCAUUUUGCAAAAAUGUAGUUACUGUAACAUGAUUCUAUGAUCAGGUUGCAAAUGCCACUGGGGGAGAAAUAUGACAGUCGUCAGAGACAGUAAAAACCAAUCGAAUUUAACAAUAUCCUCUCUCACACAACCUCCUCCAUUUCAUUCUAGCUAGAAAUGUUACUUUUUACUUUUUUAAUACUUAAGUACAAUUUAAAAUAAAUACGUUUUUACUUUCAAGUAUAUUUUUGGCUAGAUACUUGGACUUUUAAUUGAGUAAAAUGUUCACUCAGUAUCCAUACUUUCACUUAAGUAUAAUUUCUGAGAACCUUUUACACCCCUGGUUUAGUCCAUCUCUUCUGAAGCAAAACAGACCAAAAAAAUAACUCCCUUAACUUUUUACUAUAAAUCUUGACAUCAGCAGUCUCCUUGGCAAUCAUGAUUUCAAGCUUACUUCCUAGCACCAUUUAGCUCUUGGCAAAAUGUACAGUGAAAAAAAAAAAAAGACUCAUAUUUAUUUGGAUAUUAGUUGGAUCGCCUCAGACCACAUGGAUUUAACCACUGGAGUCUUAUGAAUCAUUUUUAUGCUGCCUUAAUGUGCAUUUGGAGCUUUAAAGUUUUGGUCACCAUCUACUUGCAUUGUAUUGACUUACAGAGCUGAGAUAUUCUUCUAAAAAUCUUUGUGUUCUGCAGAAAAAAUAAAGUCAUACAAAUGUGGCAUGAGGGUGAGUAAAUGAUUAAUUUAUAUUUUGGGGUGAAAUACUCCUUUAAAAGGUCUUCUCUGGGAGGAACCACAUUUUGGAAAAGAGGUUGCCAUGCUUACCACGUUUGUAAUCCUUUGGAAAACAAUUCUCAAGUGAUAUCUACAAGUACUUAAAGAAAACAUUGUUCCAGAAGUGAAAAUUAUGGAAGCAUAUUCUAGUCAUUCAAUCAUCAAUAAUCAGGUGCUAAUCAAACUUGUAAAUGAAUCAAAUGACAUUUUCUUCUAAUUAUUUACUUUUAAAAAAAAAAAAAAAAAAAAAAAAAGAUACAUCCCAUAACAUUUUAAAAUACAGCAGUUUAUACAAUAGUUAAGGUUUUUUAACAUAGGAAAUGCUGGGGUAUAAGCGUGUUAAAUUCUUUUUUAUUUUAUUUAUUUUUUUAAUAAAUAAUCUGCAAUAAAAAGCUGGUUACAAUGGAUGGAAACAAUUCACAAACAUUUAUGGAAAAUGGAAAGAUACUGGAAAUGCGCUUGAUGUGAAAGUUAUGGACAAAUUCAUAAACAAAAAUGGAUGUGGGACAAAAUAAUACAAAAUGAGAUGUCAGUUCAGUUACAAAAAUGAAAAUGAAAAGGUGAAUUCAAAAGCACUUUGUGAUAAAUAACUAGGGAACAACCACAAGGAUAGUGCAACUUUUUAUGCAUAGAAAAAAAAAUAAAAA